AUGGAUGUUUUCAUCAGUGUUUUUAAAGAGACAAAAUGCUAUUCAUGCAACUCCAAAGUAUCAAUGACAAAGAAAAGGAGAAAAUGCGUCAAAUGUGGUAAAAACUAUUAAGAACAUUUAUUUUGUACAAGUUGCAGUAUAAAGGUCAAAGCCCCAGAUCUUGGUUUUCUUCGCCAUCGUAGAUAUUGCCUGCAAUGCCAUUCUCACUUGACUUCCAGCUUAACUUCUGAAUUUCACGAAGUUUAAGUUUAACGAAUUACUCUAGCAUCUCGCCAUCAAUCUUUUUUUACUUGAGGCCCAAGCUACAUUAGCAGCUCUGAAUAACGGUAGGUGGUCCGUCUAGCCGUCAAAACCGUUAAAGUUAAUAAGCCAGUUAAGAUUCCUAGUCAGUUCCAGCCUCAGCACCAACUUCUUCUCUUCAAGCCGAGACUCUCAAGAAGCUUGACUUCUCUCUAUAGCUCGGAUGAUAGGACCCGGACCUGCGUAGCAGGAUUUAGGACCUUUUCCUAACUGACAUUUUUAAUAUUGUGAUUUCACGAAGAAAUAAAGCAAGACCUUGUGAAGGCUCAAACGAGUCCUCAAUUAAAUGAUCAUGAAGCUCACUCUGAAUUAGAAUCUAUUGCUAAAAGCGCUGGCUUUACUUCAGAAGAGCUUACAUUAGACAAAAAACUAAUUAAAAAUGCUUUUGGGCUGCUGCUCAAUGGUAUAAAGCCUCAAGCAUCCAGAAAUAGAGUAAAUUUAAUAUAGGCAAAUGGCAUUUUCCCUCAGAAGCACAAUAUCACUGAAGACAAUCCAUUGAACUUUUAUGCAAUAAUAAGGAAUCUUACAAUUGAAGAUGAUAAUGCCUUAUAUCAAGUCAGAGAACUGAACUCAGAAACCAUUGCUAUCCUAAAAAAAGUCAAGCCUGAAAAUUCUGAAGAGUUUUCAGAAAUUUGUGAAGAAAUUUCAUUGACGAAAGCCAAAAAACAUCCAAAUAUACUGCAGUAUUAUGAUGCAUUUCAUUUUAACGAUCACAUAUGAUACGCUAUAGAAUCAAUUGAUGUUACCAUGUAUGAGCUAGCUGCAGACAGAGCUGGGUAUAUACCAGAAAAGCAUAUGGCUUAUAUCUGCAAAGAAAUUCUGCAAGGACUAGCGUUUCUUCACAAAGAAGGGAGGGUUCAUAGAGAUGUAAAAAGUGAUAAUAUUUUAUUAAGCCCUAGAGGAGAUAUCAAACUCGGAGACUUUGGAUUGGCAGCUCAGCUUUGUAAAAGUUGCUUUAGAAGGCAAUUAACAGCUGAUAACCCUUCAUGGAUGGCUCCUGAGCUAGCAAGGCACACAAAUUAUAAUGAAAAAAUUGAUAUUUGGUCCUUUGGAAUUUUUCUAAUUGAAUUAGCUGAAGGACAGCCUCCAUAUAUUAAUGAAAACCCGAUGAAGAUUUUGUAUAAUAUUUCGGCAAAACCUCCACCUACUUUUCAAAAUAAGCUAAGGUGGAGUUCUGAGAUCAAAGAAUUUCUUGGAUUUUGCUUACUCCCCCUUGCAUAAGCGGGGAAAAAAAAUUUGUUAACUUACAGAGGAGGGGUUAAUUUAUAGUAAAUUUUUUCGAAAUAUAAAAAUCCCAAUUGACAAAAUACUAAAGCAAAAAAUAAUUGAUUUAUAAAAAUUGGUUUUUAAAAAUGCAAGCUGUUUAAAAUUAACUAAAAAUUCAUUAUACUAAUUUUGAUUAUAAAUCCAAAACUUUCAAAAAUAUUUUUAUAGUAAAAAAAUUUUGUUUGUCAUGGGGACGGCUAAUUUCCAAUAGAGGAGUUAAGAAAGAAUCCUGAAGAAAGAAUGAGCGCAGAAGAGCUAUUACGUCAUCCAUUUAUUGAAGAGCAUAUUGAAGAGACAUCUAAAGAGCAAUUUGCUGAGUAUCUUGAAGAUUUUUAUCCAUCACUAAGUAAGAAAUAA